UCUGAAAACUAGGAGAGCAAUCAUUCUAAUCCCAGCUGUCAGAGUGUUAACUGUUUCUUGAGAUUUCUUACAAUUUACAGUAAUAUGUUUUCGUUUGGGGGUACAUUCUCAUUCUCUCCAGGAGAAUUUAAUAAUUGAUUGUCCAAGUAAAUCGGACAUUUAAUGUAAGAAUAAUAUUUAGAAGUAAAGUCCCCCUUAUAGAAUAUAAUAAUGGGAUGAAUUAGGAUGACGAUUGAUUCCCUCUAUACUACGCAUCUUCAAUACCCAUUUUGGGUUUCUGUAUCGGGCUGAGAAUUUCCAUUGUAAAAGGGCCGGCGACUUCUUCCAACCAUGGAUGGAAUCGUACGUCAUUGAACGCUGAUGAGGAGAGAACAAGACUAACUCCCUUUUGGAUCUGUCGCCGCGACGCCUGAACAUUCCUGGAGGACGACUGAUCAUCUUCACCCUUCAUCCAUCUCCGCCAGGGACUCCGGACAUCGCGACGACAACUACAAGAUGAGUACUUGAUCUUUCCCCACCAGAAUUCAAUGUGUCCCUUAGAUUUUGGUCUCUUAAAGACGUAAAAAUAAUUAAAUUUGGUCUCUUAAAGACAAAGAUAAUCUUUAAUUGAAGAAAGUAUUUAUUGUAAAGUGUUGUUUGAGUUUAAAUAUUUAAUAUAGAGGCAAUCAAUCGUCAAAUGAUUUUUAUUUCGAAUUCCUCACCACUAGAAUAGUACUAGAAAUUUCACUAACCCCUCCACCAUCGGGGUCUAGCAUGAUUUCCAAACUUAAUUAUAGUUGUCUGAGAAUUUAGGUUCUCAAAAGACACUAUAAAAUUGGUAGCAGAACGUACGGUUAAUUAGUGAAUUUUCUGGUCCUAUUUUUGUGUUGGAAUUGGAAAUUUAAAUUUGAAAUGGGAAAAUUGAAUUCUGAUGGAAUAUUAUUAAAUUAAUGAAAUUUUUAAGUGAUUUAAUGAGUAGCGGUUUCCAGACUAUCAGGUUCCAUUAAUUUAUCUAAAGUAGGAAAAAUUUUAGUGAUAUUGAAUUAUCAAGCUUUUCAAUUGUGUAGAAGUAAUAAGUAUUAAUAAUUAGUAGAUUUGAUUAUAAUAGGAUAACAUGGCGGUUACACUGGAGAUAGUGAAAACGGCAUUUACAAGUAACCGUGUAAUUAAUUCAUUUUUGUCUCAUAAAAUUAACCCAGAUGUAUUAGUAAAAGAUGAACUUCUGUUCGAAUUGGAAAUCCUAGGUUUAGAUAGAUCGGAAAUGCAAAGUCAGACAGUUGAUUGUCUGAGAACUUUGUUUAGACAAAAGAUCGCUGACCUCACUGAACGUAGACAAGUGUCCUAUGAAACGUUAAGAUCUCAUAGCACAAUAAAAGAAAUUAGCUCUCGAAUUCUAUAUUUAUUGGAAGAACUUGAAUCAAUGUCGGAACUGACUAGAAAAGAAAUUGUGAAAUUAGAAUCGAAGACUCUUCAUUUCAUUUCAGUGAUUGAACAAUCUUUGAAAGCCUUUCCAACAAUAACACCAGAUAAACAAGGAAAAUCAUUGACCUUGUUGUAUGAAAUGAUAAAUAUGUUGCCUUCUAUCAUUGCUCGUACUGUAGAUUUGCAAAGUAAACAAGUUAAGAGUAGGCCUCCUUCUCCAGCUAAUAUGAAAUCGCCUAGUGCAUUCUCAUUUCCCAGUACAUCAAAUGUUGUAGUUUCAAAUCAACCAGGUACAAGUAAACUAUUGAAUAUACCUUCUGUGAACAUAAUAAAUUCGCCAACUGGAGAGGUGAAUGCAGCUGCAGGCCCUGACAAUAAUAUAAUUUUGAGUCAAAAUCAAAAUCAGGUACAACAUUCAAUGUAUUCAAAAAUACAUAACCCCAUUGAAUCUUUGACUAAAAAUUUGAAACCUACUGAUGGUCUGAACAUUCAUGAUUUGUUAUCGUUUCUAACUAUUGCACUAAAAAUUCAGUCAUUUUCUCAAAUAGAUGACGGCCAGAUGCUAAAACUAUUAGUGCCAUUCACAGUUGGGCCUCUAUGCGAUAAAAUCACUAUGGCGAUCAAUUCAAGUCACUCUUUUGAUAAAUUCCACCAGGAGGUUCUGAACUAUUUUGUACCACAGAGACUUAUGUCAACAAUAGUCAAAGAUCGAUUUUAUCGACUGCAAGCGCCGGUUGAGCCUAUAUCAGCUUACGUGGUGUCGAUAAAAGAGAGUGCUUUGCUAUUGAGAUUGGAAAAAUCAGAAGCUGAAGUCGUAUCUACAAUAUUAAGUGGUCUGAGUCCUCACGAAAGGUCAAGGUUAAUUUUCAUGAACAAACCUACAACUCUAGCCCAAUUAGAUGAAAUCUGUAUCCAGGCACAAAAUUUACAUUUUGCAGACAUCGAAAGAGAUGCUUUCUAUAGGACUAAUAGGAUAAUAACAAUACACCUCAAUUUGAAAAGAGACCCAUAA